UUUGUGGCCUGAAAAUUUUUUGGUCGUUCAUGAGCAUAAUUCCUCUUGUCAUCAAUUCAGAUAACUUUUAUCCACAAAACACGCCCCCUGAGCCUUCCAAGAUUUAUCCGAAUGUGUGUAUUUCAUGGACGGAAAUCCGCUAAAAGAGGGGGGAGGGGGUCUGAAUCUUAGCUGCGAUAUCCCGCUAACAGGGCCCUAAAAAAAUUUUCGAAGGCCCCAAGGAAUAGGCUAUGUGUUCAUUUUGAGCUACCCAAUUAGGGUCUGUGCUCUACGUCUGUGGUGUGGUGCACAUCCAACGGCCCACCACAUAAUGUGCCAUCUCCCCAAUUUUCGUCACAUGGCUUGGGUUAACCCUGGGGGUAUUCUGUAUUUUAGGUGAAGAGAGUGUGCAAAGCUAGACACAUUAUUUUGGAAUUUGAAGAACAAUGUUAAGAAGUUUGAGCUAAGAUAAUUUUUUGGAGCAAAAUCUAGAUAGCUAAGCUAACUUGUUAUUGCCUUUCGUUAGCUAAUUAAAGCAUUCUUCCCCCCUACAAACUAGGUUUGUUUUUACCCAGAGAAAUUUAAAAAAAAAGGUGUAGCACAAAUGCGAUUCGUCAAUUAAGCCAACUGUCAAUUUUCACUACGGCAACAAAGCUGAACCAAAUCGCCGAAUCGUACACCACUAAGAAAGAAGAUAAAUAUAUUUGAGUAAUAUUUGAUAAAAAAAUGCAAAGGGAAGAGCACAUUAAUGACAUAAAUAGAAAAAUACUAAUUAAAUAUUUUAAAAUUAGAACCAUUGCAUCUUGUUUAACACCUAACACCAAAACCUUUUUAAUAAUGCACUUGUAAUGCCAUGUGUCUGCGCCUCAGCAUAGGCUCGUGCCACCCAAAGUAGAUUGGUCAAACUAGAAAAACAAUUUAAAUGUGUCCAUACCUUUCUUGGGAAAGAAAGGGAAUAUUCAUUAAAUAACUUUAUACUCUCAAGACUGAUGCCAUGUUAGUAUUCAAAGCCAUGAAUCGCAUUGCUCCUAAUUACAUCUGCUCGAAAUUCUUUUUGACAAAAAAACUGCCACAAUUACUGUGCCAAACAGAGGAGCUUCUAAAAACAGGUUCACAUUUCCUUUGGUCAACACGUAAUUUGGCAAAAGAGCCUUCCCGUUUAGAGCUGCAAAAGUGUGAAAUAAUCUUUCAGACCAAGUGACCUGUAAUGGAAGGCUGCGGCAAAUUCUAAUGGAGAUCACUUUUUAAUUUUUGUUUUUAAUUCUUUUUCCUUUCAUUUUUCACAGAUUAAAAAUGUUACUAUGUUUGAUUGAGCUGAGGUAUAGUCUAGGGUUCUUUUUUGUUUCAGUAGCCCAUAGUGGAAACAAUCCACCAACUAUAUAGGUUUUUGAGAAUUUCUGGUCUUUUAUUAUUAUUUAUUUACCAUAUUCCAUAAAAGGUAAUGGUUCCCCUGUGUUGAAAAAGUGUUACAUGUUCAUAUUUAUUCUACGAUCUCCACACAUUUAAUAUUGAAAAAAGACAGAAUAAAUUUUCAAAUAAAUGGUCAAUGGCUGCCAAACAUUCCCUAUGUGUUAAAUUCAACUGUUUUUCCCUAUGUUAUAACAGAGAAAUUGUACUUAUAAUUUGCCACAGAUGUUGAACUUUGUGACAGCAAAAAUGUCAGAUUUUUUUAAUGUUUUUUUGUAGAAAUUAGAAAGAAGCAAUGUGUAUAAUAAAUUAUAAAUAAAACUAAAAAACAUGUGACACCUCUUUCAUGAAUCUUUUGUAUAUCUUCUCAUUUGUAAUAAAGUAAUUAUUCAACUAUGCAAGCAAAUUCAAAACGAAAGACCAGCAGUAAUUGAUUUGUGUAUGUUGUGCAAACUGACUCCUAUCACAGUCAGAAUGAUGACGAAACAGAAACAAAGAUUAUUAUUACAGGUGUUUUACAGUGUUUAAUGUACUGUAUUUGUUAAGGUGUGAGUAAGGGAAAAGUGCGAUGUUUUAAAAUAGCUCCUAAUAAAAUUACGUGAAAAUGGUAAUAUUGUUGUUUAAUAUUUUCUGAAAGAUUAUAAAAUUGCCUAAAAAAUUAUUGGGAACGAAAUAAAAUUGAAGUUGUUAAAGGACACUAAAAAAAAUGACCUCUCCUUUACUAAUACAUCUCCAUUUACAAAACUUUUAGUUUUUCAUAAUUGAUGUUCACAGUUUUGUAAUCACAUCACAUUGAUCUAUAAAAACGAUCUGAAAAUUGUAGUGUAAUUUUCCGUAUUGAAGAUAUUUUCCAUUAACUUUUUUUAUCGAAUUACAAACCAUAAUUCGCUAAAAAAUUGUCAUAACUCGAGAUCUCUUCACACUUACGAAUUAAAUUUAAAAUCGUUUUUAGAUAUAACAUAUGUCUUUGAAAGCUGCUCACCCUCCACCUUGUAGCUUUUAUUGUUUUGUAAAUGGAGAUGAAAAGGCUAGCAGUACUAACACAAAAAAUGAACAUUGCGAAAAAGAGCUUUAAAGAUUUUUAAAAAUAUCAUCACUUUCGUAUAGUUAAAUGGUCGCUACUGGUAUUUUUCACAACUUCUCUACAACACGCGUCUCUGCUCAUAUUCGCACUUAAAACAUAUUCACAAGAAGAGAGAUGGGCAAAGUAAAAAUAAACAAAAAGGAAAAAAUGUUACAAAACCUGAUGGAAUAGAGAUUAAAAAGAAUGAUAUGAUAACAUAAAUGUCUGAGUCGUAUUCGCUAUCGCUGAAUAAAACAUCCAUUAUUUUCUUUCGACUUACACUUUUGUUCAAUUUGCGUAUUAUUUUUUAUUUUAAAUCUUCGCUUGGCCGGAGCUUAAAACUCUUUGUUCUAAUUUUUUUUCUCUUUUUUGAAGGAGCAGAAGCUUUAUGACAAUAAGUAGACAUUUUUUAAUAUUUUAUAUAGCUUGAUGUUGUUAGUGUUGCUCGCUUGUAAAAAAAACUUUUUCCUGAAAAAGCAUUAAUGAAAGUCAAAGUGAAAAAAGUGAUUUUUAAUUGAUUGGAUAAAAACAAACAAUCGUUAAAAGAAAAGCGAUACAAAGAAAUUCAAUGGUAUCGUUUUUUACAACGGGUGUGAUUACGUUAUUGUUACAAACUAUGCUCAUAUCACAGUUUAUUCCCAAAGUGAGAAAUAUAAAAAUUUACACCUACAUUUGAACUUUUUAGCACGUUCAGCUGGAAAACAAAUGAUGAGGAUUGUGUUUUUGGAAAAAAGGCGCAUUUCUAUCCUUUAUAAAAAAAUUAAUUCACCAUUAAAAAGUUAAUUUUUUAUUUUUAUAAAAGAAAUUAAAAAAAAGCAAAAAAAAACUAUUUUUUUCCCUUACACCUUAAGUUUAUUAAGAACUCUCAGGCUUCAUGCAAACAAAGAUUUUUUGUGUCACCUUGUCACAUCAUCUGACUGAAUUGUCUCAACUCUGAAUUACAUGGAAAGGAUUUGCUAAUUAUAAGUUUUCCAAUCAAAAGCACUUUAAGACAAAAACUUUUUGCAUUGAAUAAAAUAGGUAUACUCUGUAACAAGUUGUCUUGGUUAAAUAUUUUUUGUGACUACUUUUAACUAAAUUAAACUUACGUUGUUUUCCACAGAAACAGUAUCACAGGGAUUUUUUAAUCCAAUAAAAAAUAUGGAAAUAAGUUACUAUAAGGUUUGUUGAUGUGAAAUAUAGUUCCAAUUAUUAGGUUUUACUAAAAUGGAUGUUCUUCUGUUGCGUGAAAAAGAUGGAGAGAACGAUAAAUACCACACCUUGUUCAAAGAAAAUGGUUACAAUGCAACAUCUAUUCCUGUGCUUGAUUUUAUGUUUUGUAAUUUGGAAAUACUAACUGACAUAAUUAGUAAUAUUAGCGAUUAUUCUGGUGUUAUUUUUACAAGUAAACGAGCCAUCACUGCAUUUUCAAAUUGUUGCAGCUCAUCUGACAUACAAUAUAUAUCGAAGCUUUCUGAUUUCAAUAUUUAUGUUGUUGGUCAUUCUUCUGCUGCAAGUUUGACAAAAUUGGGAUUAAAAUGCAUUGGUGAAAAUACUGGUAAUGCAGAGGAACUGUCAGAGUUGAUCAUAUCAAAGGAACAAGAAGUGCACAAACCAUUUUUAUUUCCUUGUGGAAAUUUAGCAAAAGAAACUAUACCAACAAAACUUGCUGAGAAAAAGAUAUCAGUUAAAAGUGUAUCAUGUUAUACAACAGUUCCCAACAAGCAGUUUAUUUCGAAAUUUAAAUUGUUUUUGGAGAAGUCGAUACCAGAUUAUAUUGCAUAUUUUAGUCCUUCAGGUGUAGACUUUUAUUUUUCACAGAUAAAGGAACUUCUAGGUGACAUUACUGUUGUCAAAUUUUUAUGUAUUGGAAGGACUACAGAAAAAGCUUUAAAAAACUUUGACACAGAUGUUUAUGGUGUUGCAAAAAAACCUACUGCUCAAGGAUUAUUGGAUGCUAUAAAAAAAGGGAGCUGAAUUGUAACUAUGUUGUUAAUUUCAUAGCAAAUGUGCGUAAUUCCUUUAUUUAAUAAAAUGUUUUGUGUUUUUUUUGUAUAUAAUUAUAGUUUGCCAAUUUGAAUUUGAAGAUCAAAGUAUAGUAAUCGCAUAACUGAAUUAACUUUAGCUGCCAGUACUGGAAUAUUUCAGUGUGGAAUAUAUUUUUCUGUUUUUAAAUUGUUGUCUUUUUCUUUAACAUGGCUUCCAUCUGAAGAUUGAAAUUGGUGGUAUACCAGGCUACUAUGGUAAAAAGGUGAUUUGAUAUGAUCCUAAUACUCUUCGCUGAUGUAGGUUUCACAAAUAAUUGCAGGCUCCCCUGGUAAAAUUAAACUGGCCCAGUUGAAGUAAAAAAUUAACAAAAUGGUAGAAAUAAAAUGUAUUUUAUUUUUUAACGUAGCCUAGAAUAAACUCGCUUGUUCAUGACAUGAUAAUAUUUUUAUAUUAUUCAAUGUAAUUUGUUCUUUGCUGUGUUUUUAAAAUGUAAGUCAAAUUUAACAUUUUUUAACAUUAUUUUCUUAUAUAACAAAUGGUGAAAGUCACUUGCAAAUCUCAUUUUUUUAAAUUUUUUUAAUAAAUUCUAAAAUAUUAGGGAAGUUAUAUCAGUCAUGUGUCGAAAUUAUGCACAGUAGUUUCUAUUGAUGAAAUAAAGUUAUAUAUCAAUAUAUAUAUCAGUUAUAUAUCAAAAAUUAAAUUAUAAAUUGAUAAAGUUAAUUAACACGGUUAUAUACCUAGGAGAAAUUCAUGCAAUUUUGAGGAUUACCAGAGACUUCCUAAGGAAAACCUGUAGUCGCACCCGAAUUCCCAAUUUGACGUCAAUUCUUAUAUAAUGUCUGGAGCAAAUUGUUAUUCAGUUUUAAAUCAGAAUUAAAAAAAAAAGAUUUUCAAAGAGUGAGUAUAAGCCAUUACAAAAAACACUUGUCAAAACCAACGUUUGUUAUUCCAAAAAAAAUUAUUUUGUUGUUUAUAUAUCCAAUAUUACUUGUAGUUGCUUAGCAAUCUUGUAUAAUUAAACAGCAAUAUAGAAAAAACAUUGUGUUGGAGAAAUUUACAAGGGUAUUGUGUAAAGCUUGAUGUGCUGUAUUUUUGAUUAAGACAAAAUAAAGGUUAGGUAGCUGACACCCUGCUGUUGUGGUUUGUGGUGUAGCUCUCGUGAUUUGAGCUAAUUUGGUCUCAACUGAUCCCUAAUUGCCACAAGGCUAGAGAUGAUUUCAGUUAUUUUCACUUGUUUUCACUUGGCCUCAAACUUUUGGGUGCAAUGCAAUAGCUUCACUAAAAUUAAAA